AUGUCGCCAAAGGUGUUGAGAAAGACUCGUAACGUUGGAACAUCAGCUCGACUUGUACCCUUUGAUCCGCCCAUGCCACCGACAUGUCACCCUCAACAUCGCAAGCAUUCUCCGUCGCCUACCAGGACCCGAAAUCACACUUAUCUCCGGACAACAUACGACAAACAGAUCGCAGUCCUUAUCAUCGUUCUGGUGAUAGCUGGCUUAGCCUCUCUCUUCACGGCGUACUAUCUCUUCACGGCCACGUCUCGUAGUCUGCUGCACCCAUCUCAUGACGUUAAGGACACUGGAGCUCUACAGACGGCGCUCGUCGAAAUCUCUUCCUCUGGUCCGACUGCUGCUUUCGUCGAAUCUGUCAAUCACCUUUCCUUUCCUGCGGAGAAGUUUCUCGCCUACUUGCCUCACAGCGGGUUCCACAAUCAACGUAUCGCACUGGAAAACGCACUUGUCCUGGCUCGAAUCUUAAAUCGCACCCUUCUUCUACCUCCUGUACGCCUGGGUGACCCUCUGAGCUACGCACCCUUCGACGAGCUCUACGAAACGUCUGCAGACAACCGCCGCAAGAUUAGACUUGGAUUCUGCCGCGAUCUCUCCCCAGCUGACCUUAACACGCCCUCCAAAUGUGACGACUACUUUCGCUACACGCACAUAUCCUGGGACUGGCUCGUCGAUCUGUCUAGCGUUAGGGACGACCAGCGGCUGCUUGAAGGCUGGAACUACACGGACGCUUGGCUUCAGCACGAGCUGGAUAUUUCUACGGACGACAUCUUCUACAUCAAGGACUCAACUCGCAACGAGUACUCGUUUCAGGACUUCUUCUCCUUCGACCCUCCCGCACGCAAGUUCUUCCAGGCUGUCCAAAUAGCCACCCUAGCUCAUAGGCCGGAGCGCCUCAUCCAGCUUGGUACCCUCUUCGGCUCGAGUCGCCUUCACCUACGCUCUUCGACGAACUACGUGUUGCGCCAGCACGUUCGCGAAAGCAUGGCCUUCGCAAACCUGGACCUCGUACGCGCAGCCGAUGGCAUCCGCACCGCGCUCGGUGGAGAGUAUCUCGGGGUGCACCUCCGCAUCGGCGACGGUGUCUUCGAGUGGAACGCGCCCGAGAACACGCGGCUCGCGUGGUGGAAGCUCCUUCAUCUCGUAUUGGGCUUUGCGCACGAUGAGAUCCUCGCGCUCGAGCGGGAGCUCUUCCCAGACGACGCUGAACCUGCGCCGCCAACGCUCAACAUCGACUACCCCGCCCUACGCGCCCCGCAUCCAUCGUUGCCGCCAUUUCCGCUUGAGGCAGCGCCCUUGCCUGACUUUCCGUGCCGAGGCCCGCUGCAUACGUCGCCUAGGCUCACGUCGCUCAACGCGCCGCUGUUCGUCUCAACAGACGCGCGGUCCCCCGCGCACAAUGGGCUUCUCGUCCGCUUCACGCGUACCUUCCCGUGCAUAUUCUUCCUGGACGACUUCCCCGAGGACGUCGCAUCGCUGCGGAACCUCAAGAGCCCUGUGGACGGUGUGCCGCUCGGACCGUUUCUCAUGCCGUUCUUGGACGCGAUGGUCGUGGGCCAGGCGUGGCAGGUGGUCGGGACGGAGCAGAGCACGUUCAGCGCAUUCGUGACGGAUGUAUUGUGGAGGACGUACCAUGGGUUUGAAAUUGUACAGAGAGGUUGA